GAAAGAAUAAACAUAGAGAACAACAGAAUAGCACCUUUCGGUGCUGCUGUCAUGUUCUGUUGGUCCCUGUGUUUAUUCUUUCUGUUUUAUUUAGCUUCACCAACGCGCUUACGUCAAAAUAAGUUUAAUUUAUUUCAAUUUUUUUUUUUUAACGAGUUGUUUGCAGCUGUCUCGAGCCCUUCAGCUGUCCAGUGGAAUCCAAUUGUUGGCUGUUGGAAACAAGGUUGGAAAGAAUCAAGAUCAGCUGACUAGCGUGGCGCGUGACAGAACAACUGUACGAGCGGAAAUACAUGAUUUCUAUUCUUUCUUUUUUUUUCUUUAUCAACCCAAUACGCUCAGCAGGCCAGCGGGAGGAGACACACGAAACGUCACAAAACUGUCCGCCGACACAAGCUGUCGCGAAGCAGACGCGCUUUAAAGUUCAAGGCGACGGGCAGGCGUUAUAUCUCGAAGAAAUCCAGAAAGUGGUCGUCUGCGUUGCGCAAGGCGAACUCAACCCGAAUACCGAGUCGUCACUUUUGCUGCUCGUCGCUGCCCUCAGGUCAAACUGGUUUUUUGCGCGUCUGAGAAGUAGGCCACGGCGUCGCAUCUUCACGACUUCGUAACCGGCGCAGCAACAUAUCGCAGGUCCGGCCCGCGCUGACGAGACAUUCAGUUCGUGUCCGAGAUUCUCCACGAAGAUGGCUGGUCAGGAAGAGUUCGAAAGCGUGGAGAAGAUUCUCAAGGAGCACCUUCCUGCCGAGGAGCACGAGAAAGUGCGCGCUGUUCUCUACGGAAGAGACUGCAGUCCUCUGGAGUUUAGCUCGGAUGCUCUGGGCCAGGCGAAACAACACAAGUUUGAGCUCAAGGGCUACAAGAUGGCUGCUGAGAGGGAGGAGCUGCGUCCUGCCCGAGUGGUGCGUGUCGGGCUUGUGCAGAACAAGAUAGUGCUCCCCACGACCGAGACCGUCACCGCCCAACGGGAGGCGCUGCACAAGCGCAUAGAGACCAUCGUGGACACCGCUGCCCUGUGUGGUGUUAACAUCAUCUGCUUUCAGGAGACGUGGCAUAUGCCCUUUGCUUUCUGCACGCGAGAGAAAACGCCCUGGUGCGAGUUUGCAGAGUCUGCAGAGCAUGGUCCGACUGUCCAGCUGUGCCAGCAGAUGGCCAAGAAACAUAACAUGGUCGUUGUCUGCCCAAUUCUCGAGAGGGACGAGAAUGACGUCAUGUGGAACACGGCUGUCGUGGUGUCAAACAGUGGUGCCAUUUUGGGCAAGUCCCGCAAGAACCAUAUUCCGAGAGUAGGAGACUUCAAUGAGUCGACCUACUACAUGGAGUCCAAGUUGGGACACCCAGUGUUUCAGACACAGUUUGGAAAGAUAGCGAUCAACAUCUGCUACGGAAGACACCACCCUCUCAACUGGUUCAUGUAUGCCGCCAAUGGGGCGGACAUUGUCUUCAACCCGUCUGCCACCGUGGCCGGACUCAGCGAGCCACUGUGGCACGUCGAGGCUAGAAACGCCGCCAUUGCCAACAGCUACUUCACUUGCGCCAUCAACAGAGUGGGCACUGAAGUUUUUCCAAACGAGUUCACAUCUGGCAACAAGAAAGGUGCCCACAAGGACUUCGGCCACUUCUACGGCUCUAGCUAUGUAGCAGCUCCAGAUGGAAGCAGGACCCCAGGCCUGUCAAGGACGCAGGACGGUCUUCUGGUGACUGAGCUGGACCUCAACCUGUGCCGCCAAGUCAGAGACUCUUGGGGCUUCAGAAUGACUCAGCGCACAGAGAUCUACGCCGAUGCCCUCUACUGGGUUGCGCAGCCUUCCUUCGAAAAACAGAUUGUCGUUGAUCCCACCAUCGGAGCAGACUAUUGAGGAUGCGCAAAAAAGCCGGCAAGGCGGAAAGAACCUGUCGACAUUUCCGAGGCAGCAUACUUUAUUUCUAUAUGUACUUUUUUGGGUGCUUAGUGGUUGACGAUUUUGAUUGCAUGCCUUUAAUAUAAAAUACAGAACAAAUAUGUGUCGAUGUACACUUUAUAUAAUAAAUUUCAACAAAACACAA